AUGGACGAUGUUCCCCCUUCACCCACUGCCUCCGAAUCUUCCAAAUCAAAUAGCAUAUCCGCCGUCUUUUCGAAGUCGCGAGAUAGGAGGAAGCAUAGAAAUUCAACAUCACAUUCGGCGAGGAGCGGCGCAAGUGAGAUCUCGCAUGGGUUCCGCGCCUCGUUAGCCUCGUUAGAGGGUGCCAUAGAUAAGCUUAAAGGGAAUUCGGAUUCGGAGACGGAAAGCCAUGGAUCGAAUAAACUCAAGAGGUUCGUACCGAAAGGAUUUGAAUCGAAAAAGAAGCGAUUACAACGAGAGGAAGAGGAACGUCGAUUGGCAGAAGAAGUAGCUCGAGGAAAAAUGAUUGCUGAAAGAGGAACAUUGGAAAAUGAUACGAGGAUUUCCAUCAACAGGAAUCUUUCUGGUGAAAGUAGUUUGUUAACAUAUGAUUCGGAAAAUGAAUCGGCCACCGAAACGCGUCCACCAUUAACUACGCAUCCUUCGCACAUUGGAUAUCUUACCUCUUCUUCCCCACUCAUACAUACAUCAACGUUUCCGCAAAUCGGAUCUUUAAACUCACGAUCAGAAGGAAUCCCCUUCCCAGACUCCACAGACAGUCUGGCUACCUCAGAGUCAGCAUCCAAGAGCCUCUCCCAAAACCUUCGAGCUCCCACCGACGGAUCUCAAAGACGAUCGUCUUCCCCAGUUGGUAGACUAAAGGACGUUUUUAAACCAAGACGUGGGUCAAGCACAAAUACAAGUCCAGACCGCCAGGCUGGAGGGGGAGGGGCUGAACAAUCACUGAACACCAAGGACGGUGGGGCUGAUUCUAGGCGGGGAAGUCUCAUCAAUGCGAAAGUUGGUUCAAUAUUUUCUGAUAAACAGCUACCCCCUGGCAAGUCCAGAUCUGCAGCGUCAUCUCCCGAGAGGCCACAAGUGGGAAAGGGCAAGCUCAUUACCAUCGACACCAAUCCACGUCCGCAAACUCCACCAUCCGCGAACAGGCCGGCCCCUGUUAUUGUCAAUACACCCCCAACACCGACCGACCCAAGACCACCGCAAUUUACUUCUGCCACUAGCCCGGAUACACCUACGAAAUACGCUUCAGAUGUUUUAAUCUCCCCUUCUGGAAAUAUGAUAUCACAUCGACGAAUUCGAUCAGGUUCUGCUUCAGGAGUACCUAGUAAAUUAUCUAACAUUCAAUCUGCGCCAUUAACUCCAACACCAGAGAACGAAGCGAUUACACCAGGUCAAGGUCAAACAGGUUUUUUCUCAUCAGUCUUUUCUGCCGCCCAGAACGCUGCGAAUACAUUGAGCAACAGUAUCACAAAUACGUCAGCCCCAGGGGGAACAAGAAGCAGGAGUGGUGCACAAACUAUACCAGGUAUACAGGAGAUCGAAAGCCCGGAAGUUGAAGCAUUGGGAGAGAAGAAAAAUAUAGAGGAUCCCAUGGAAGAGAAAGAACCGGCGGUCAAAACAUUAGGCAUGGGCGAUCUGAGCCUAAGUCAAUUUGGAAUUUCGGAGGAGGGACAUACUUCUACAAUGCCGAAAAAUCCAGAAGAAUCCCGCGGAAGGCCUGAUCCAGCUAAGGAUGACCAUUUCUUCGCGACUCGCUCGGCAACAGCACCAAACAUGUUGACCGGGGAAAAUCUCGAUGCUGUCGCUGCGCCUCAGAUCGAUGAUCUGCAUUCUAUCGCACAUCCACGUUCUGUGUAUGAACCAAGUGUAAACGGAGAUCGAACUCCUCCAAACGGAAGUUUAUUCGAAGGAAAAUCCGGCAUCCAUCGUAGCGGUAGUAUUCGAAGCGCUAUCAACCACAGGAAAAGGGGUAGUUCUGCAGCAACUGGUACAACAAUCGGGGCUGCAAUUGCUGCAGCUAAUCUCUCCAUCGGAAGCCCAGGUUCAGGAGCACCCAAGAUCACUGGAUUCGCUGUAGCCAGUAAGAAGAGGAAUCGAGAUUUCCAUGCACUAUUCAGAAGUGUACCUGAUGAUGACUACCUUAUCGAAGAUUAUAGUUGUGCUUUACAAAGAGAAAUACUCGCCCAUGGUCGAUUAUACGUCUCCGAAGGUCACUUGUGCUUUAGUAGCAAUAUCUUUGGUUGGGUCACAACUUUGGUUAUGAGCUUCGACGAGAUCAUUUCUGUAGAAAAGAGAAGCACAGCACUACUAUUUAAGAACGGUUUGAUGAUUUCGACAUUACAUGCGAAGAACGUUUUUGCUAGUUUCACAAGCCGUGAUUCAACGUAUGAUCUCAUUGUUGGUAUAUGGAAGAUUGGUCACCCAAAUUUGCGAAGUUCGCUAAACGGCGUUGCGCUUGAAGAAACUGGUGGUGGCGAUAAGACUGAGAAAGACGAUGGUGUUACUCCCUCUCGUCCAGGUAGCAUUUCACAAUCUUCUGAUGACAGCGAAGGUAGCGGGGAUGUCUAUGAUGAAGAUGAAGACGAUGAGGAUGGCAUGAGCUUCACGCAUGCUGAUGGUAGCGUCCUGGAGAGCGAGUCGGGUGAAAAGGUCGUCAGUCGAAAGGCGUCAGCUGCUGUCAUGGCAAAUGGAGCCCAGUUGGAAGGGGUAAAACAGGCUAGUCUAACGGCUGCGGCAGAUUUCCCCGGUCCGGUCACACAUGCAGCAACAAUUUGCUCUGAUGGUGAUACACAUUAUGCGAAAGUACUUGCGGAUGAAGUCAUUCCAGCUCCUCUUGGGAAAGUUUAUAGUCUUCUGUUCGGACCUGCAUCCAUAACUUGGAUGCGGGAUUGGCUUACCAAUGAACAGAAAUGUCUUGAACUAACAUAUGAUGAGAACGCCAAGGUCCCUCUGUCGUUGGAGAAUAAGGUUCGAAAUUAUUCAUAUAUCAAGCCAUUGAACGGUGCUAUUGGUCCUAAGCAAACCAAAUGUGUUUCUACAGAAACUCUGGACGCUAUGGAUCUUGAAAAGGCCAUUUCUGUUACGGUAUCGACAGUGACCCCUGACGUGCCUAGCGGUAACGUUUUCAGUACCAAGACUAGGUAUUGCCUUUCAUGGUCAGAAGGCAAUGGAACUCGAAUGCAAGUCAAUUGCGCAAUUGAGUGGACGGGCAAGAGUUGGCUGAAAACUCCCAUUGAAAAGGGUGCCAAUGAUGGUCAAGUGCAAUAUACGAAAGACGUCAUCGCAGCCAUCAAAGCGGCCGUCGGUACUCGUCGUGUUGGAGUCUCAGGUGGUGCUGGUAAAGGUAAAAAGAAAGGUCGCAAAGGAUCGAAAGCAAAUAACCUUAGUAAGGUUACUGAUGGUGCCUCUGAAACUAAACCGGAGGAAACCAACUGGGGUCUGCUCGAACCGGUUCGUGGUAUUUUCGAGCCGAUUGUCGAUAUAGUCAAACCAGUGAUGACAGGCAAUAUACUAUAUGGAAUCCUCGUCGGUCUUUUAGUAGCAAGUUGGUUCCGCUUCGGAUUACCAAUUGUACGUAGCGGAGAUAGAGAUGUCGGAAUGAGUUAUCUUGGAACUCCCGAAAGGAUCGCGGCAUACGAGGAGAUCUGGAGGAGAGAGGAAAGUGAACUUUGGUUGUGGUUGGAGGAGAGGGCGGGUAUGGAUCGAUUGAGGGAGGUGGGAAGGAUGCCGAUUGAGAGAUUGGAUGUAGAGGAUAGGUUAAUGAGUGAGGGGAUGGAGGAAAGAGAGAUGGAGGAUGCGAUUAGGGUUACGGAAGAGAAGUUGUUGCUUUUGAAGGAUGUGGUGGGGAAGAAAAAAGGCAAGGGAAAGGCACAGGUACAAACAGAGACACAUGCGAGUUCUUCAAGUGCGGUUUAG